AUGUCAGUGACAAUCAGUAGCUGUUGUGGAGUGCUUGAAGAAGUAUGUCAGCUUUUGGAGAAAAGUUUUGGCCCAAAUGCCCUCCAAGUGAUGAUCUGCACACAAACAGGUCAGCUGCUGGUUACAAGUGAUGGAAUGACAAUAUUAAGAUCUAUACAUCCCUCUCACCCAAUCUUACGCUUCAUCCUGGCAUCUGUGACAUCACACCAUGGCUUCACGGGCGAAGGCUCCAAGACAUUUAUUCUUACACUUCGUGAUAUGCUCCAGAGAAUAGAGAAAUCUGAACUCACCGUAGAUACAUCAGAUAUUCACUGUAAUGAAACUAGGAUCAAACUCGCAGUUGCAUUACAUCAUAUUCAAUAUGAUAUUAUUCCAAAUCGCAUAAUACCGAAAAUCUUAUUCCAUGCCACAAAGUUAGAAAUUGAGACAAAUAAAAAAGAUGUUAUCAUUGCGGAAGCUAAGUGCUUAGUACAUACUGGCAUCAGUUCCAAGGAAUCUAGAGUGAAAGCAUCAGAACUGACUGAUCUGACAGCAGAUUGGAUUUUUAACAGCUCUCCCAGUGUUGAAAACUUGAAGGAAACUUUGGAAAAACUUUCAGAUCAUUUCAGUUAUUUCUGUAUAGAUGAACCAGGUGGACAUGUGUUGGACUCAAUAAUCAUUCCAGGUAUCCUUAUUGAUAGGAAUUUUGUUACAACAUUGCCAAUGAAAAUCAAGAAUAUUUCAUAUGUGAUAUUGGAUUGUGAUUUCAACAUUGGGAAUUCAACUGAUACUACUAGUGCCAUCUUUCAAAUCAACAGUGAGUUAAAUCUCACAAUGGCUUACUCAUGGAAGAAGCGAUUGAUGGAAAAAGUUUUGUUCAAGUUGCAGCAGAAAAAUAUUGAUGUUCUACUGUACACAGGGAAAGUGUGUGAUACUAUGAAACAGCUGUGUAAUGAUCGUGGAAUAGCUGUGGUUCAGUAUCUUCAAAAGGAAGAUUUAGACUUUAUUACUACUGCCACUGGCAUUUCUGCCAUAAACGACUUUAGAGACAUACUUGAUGAGACAAUAGACAAAACUAAUGAGUCACAUCAAGCCAAAGAAAACUCUUUGAAUGAACAUACAGCACGUGAACAUAUUAAAUUCAUUGGUAUUGCCCAAACUAUUAAGAUGUUGACAAUCGGUGGUAAACAGUAUGUAAACUUAGUGCCAUUCUUUCAACAUUCCAGCAGAUUCCAGCCACACACCCUAGUGUUAUAUGGACCUACCAAGGGACUUUCCAAACAGUAUUCUACAAUUGCGGCUGGGGGAGUAAAAACUAUACAGAUGUGGUUACAAAAUAUUGAUCACUCUGAAACAGAUCUUGGUAAUAAUCAAAAAAACUUUAGUCAGUAUUCGAGAAAUCCUGGUGAAUGUCAAGAUUUGUUCGAUAAACACUUACCAACUCCUGAGUGCCAGACAACAAUAAAUAACCCUAACCCAAAGCAUGAUCUCAAAAACACUGUCAGUCGGGAAACUGUGUUUUCAUCUGCAAAUACAGACUGUAGUUCAACCCAGAAUGAGGCUGUAUACUUCUCGGAAAAUUCUCAACCACAGUUUGAGGAAUUGCUCAAAGUGUAUAGUCUCCCAGGAGGUGGAGCAUUUGAGUUUCUGGUUCAUUAUCAUCUCAUGGAUUAUAUUGCUCAUAUAAGUUCAAAUGAUGGAGACUGUUAUCUUAAAACCGCUUGUCAGAUUAUUGCUGAAGGAUUGCUCUGUACACCGAGGCUAUUGCAUAGGAAUAGCUACUCAGUUAAAGAUACAAGGAAUAAUUUUAUCAAGUUGCAGCAUUUAGUGAUGGGGUCCAUGAGGAGCAAUGAUCUAAUAUACUUGGAUGGAAAAACUGGUGAAAUUAAACAAGUGUCUGAAAACAACACACAAGUCAAGGAAUCUCUUUAUAGUAAAAUACAUUUAUUGAAUAAUAUUUUAACAAGUGUACAGCAGUUAUUGAAGAUAGACAGAGUUGUCAGUGUGAAAUCUAUAGGUUCAAAAUCUGGCUUUAUCAAUCAGCAAUCUGAUUCUGAAUCUGAUGCUAGCUCUACUUGAUUCAGCAACAGAGUGUUUUACUAAAUUGUCACAGAAUCAGAGACUAGCUUUUGUUGUCCUAGAACGAAAUGCAAGUACAGUAUAAUGUGCUCAAUUUAGAGAAUAACCCUACCCUACUCAAUUCAUGAGUGGGACACAGCUCUUUAUGAAAACGAAUUUUUAUCCGUUGAUUGUCAAUGGGAACUUUUUGCAUGUUACAAAAACAUACAGUGGAAAAGUCUUGAACCUGAAAUAAAUAUUUAUACUUCAGCCCUUGAAUCUUUUGAAAAUAAUCGGAGCAAAAAGACACAAGCGUAUGAACUCAUAUUUCAUCCUAGUAUAUGUCAUAUAAAAGAUAUAGAUUGUCAUUUAAAAGAAGGAGACUGUAAUUAUGAAGUCAGCUUUGAACUAUGGCUUUCUUCCAUCUUAUGAACUUGUAAAGUUGUAAAAUAUUCAUUACUUUUCCACUGUAUUUUUAUGCAUUGUACUAUUUAUGUGAAAUUACUUGAAUUUUAUGUCUUUUCUCAUCCAAA